UGGUUAUUAUGUUAUUAAACCAUUUCAUAUUAAACCGUUCACAAUUAUACAGUGGUGUUUUAAUCAAUUUAUUUUGUUAGUGUAAUGGUCAGCCCUUGGAAUGGAAAGGAAAACCUGAGGGAAACUGAAACUGGCAGCACUGCAAUUUGUCAAAGUUGUCAAAAAGUUUAAAGAGCGAGGUUGUUUGACCCGCAAAAAUAUUUUUGCGAAGUUAAUUGCAAUUAUUAUUCAACUUUUAGAUUUAUGUUACUAUAAUUUCUUGACUGCUGGCUUUUUAUGAUCAAGCUGCUGACAAGAGCGUAAUCUGGCUUAAGUAUUUGAUGUCGGCAAACAGUGCGAAUGGCGACGGAGGAGGACAUCGACACGCUCAAACUAUACUGGGAUCACUUCUUCAAAGCGGAGACUGGCACUUAUGAGAAAUCGACAUGGCUGGAUCUCUUCCUGGCCGAGUUUCUCAUCCGUGUUAACGAUGGCGCAAACCCUAAGGAGUUGAUCAAGUUCUGUCCGGUGAGUGGCGUGGUGACGCUGGUGGGGUGCGAGCUGCUGUGCGGCAUCCACCGCGUGACGUCGUCCAUCAACACGCACUACUCCGUGCCGCUGCCGGACGCCGCGCUCCCGCAUCUCGACGCACGCGAUCAACCACCAUGUACAGAACAAAAGCCGGAGGAGCAGAAAGUGGGUCCGACGAGUCUGUUCACGCGCAUCAACACGCAGUCUUCGGAACAGAUCCUCAAGAAGUACCUGCUGGGGGGAGUCGCCUGGAGGUGCCUCGUCUUGCUCAAGGCUUUAGGAGUUGAGGGUCUGUCAUGCUGUCGACAACUGAGCUCGGUGCUGAUCUGGCUGUUCGGCGAGCUGAGCGGCGCGGCCAGCGACACCAGCGUGAACACCAAGCCGUCUCCCCCUACGCCACGGACGCCGAUACACCAGCUGUUUUCUAAUAGAAUAUGGUCAAAACAGAAGCCUAUUGGUGGGCAGACCUCCAAGGUGCACUCUGCUGCUUCGUCGGAAAGAGGCUCCGUCACUGGCAGGUCGCGACACUCAACGUUGCCCAAACUAGAUUCCCUAGAACGAACAAAAAAGAGGCUUUCCAAACAUACAGACCAGUCGUCAGAGUCCGCGGACUCUAAUGACGACCUACAGAUAUUGAACCGCUCUCUAACUAUCAAAGUGUGCACGCCCAACGAUGACUUCGAAUAUUUUAACAGUACUAAAUCUUCUAACGAGUACCCGAACGACUCGUACUACGAUCCCUUCUAUACUCCUAGAAAAGGAAAGCCAAAAGCCGAUGAUUACAUGAACGAUAAACACAGGGAAAUCAUCAACUCAGAAAUCACAACAUUCCAAUUUACCUUAAUCAUCACAGACCUACUGCAGGAGCUGUGCAAGGCUGAGAGCAGCCUGUCCGGGUCCGAGGGGUCACAGAUCUCGAUGCAAUGCAUUAACUUCUCGCUACGUAAUCUGUGCUCGUUACAGUUUACUUCACUGCCACAGUCACAACAAGAUAAUACUCAAGAAGUAUCUAGGAUAAAGGUCGCACUAACAGAACUGCUAAUGGUGUCAUUAGACCAGGUCCUAAUACAUUCCGAUCUUUGUGCCAAACUGAUCAACAACGGAAUAUUACCGAUGUUGCUCCGCAUAUUGGAAGACCUCAUCUCCAAAUGUAGACAAAACAAACUCGAAUACCAGAAUCGAAAAGAGGAUAAGACUGAAUCGGAAAAUUUGCUCAAAUUUGUAUUCGGAAUCGCGUACUCGAUCACUGCGUUCUUCCACUGCCUGCUGAUGCAGUGCCGCAGCGUCGAUAAGCUCAGGGAGUUCACCGACCAGUUCAAGUUGUACGGCGAGUGCCAGAAGGGUGGACUGCUGAAAGACUGUAUGGAGCUGAUGAUCAGGAUCCCGGCGGAGGAGGAGGAGGUGGUGGUGCUGAUCAAGAAGCUGAUCGAGACGGUGGGCAAGCUGAUCGUGGGCAUGAAGCGCGUGCGCGCGGAGGUGGUGCACGGCGCGGCGUGCGGCCGCGCGCGGCACAAGGCGUGCCGCGGGCGCGUGGCGCGCGGCCUGCACCACCACCACGCCGCGCUGGGCGCCGCGCGCGCCGCGCUGCCGCCGCAGCCCGCCUGCUGCGUGGCGCUGCUCUACGCCACGCUGUCCGCGCUGCUGGCCGACGACGAGCUGGCCGCGCACGCGCUGCUGCGCCACAAGGUGCUCAAGGUCAUGCUCAGCUGCGGCGUCUGCUGCUGCCUCGAGCCCGCGCUGCUCAUGGAGACCAUCGUCAGGCUCAUGCUCACGCACGGCAGCGUCGCUUCCCUCUGUCUCCAAGUGUUGGAGCAUACCGUCUAUGGAGAAUUGGGCGCGAGUAUUCUCAUACCUAAAGUGACAGACCAACUUCCAUGCUCUAUUUGUGAACCAAGUGAAGACAAGAGAGAAGUGAACAAGAAGCUGUGCUCGCACGGCAUCAGCCCCAUCGAGAGGAAGAGCGUGUGGUCGUUCCUGUACCACUACAACUCGCUGCUGCAGCUGGACAACCACAGCAACGUGCUGCACGCCACCGUCAGCCACCUGCUGCGCGUCACGCCCAAGUGCCGCAUGGAGAUGAAGUACGAGCUGCUCUUCAGCGUCAUAUACCCCACGUUCAUUGUCGCCAAACACAGAUACAUCAUACGCAUGGAAGAGUCCGCAUAUUUCUUAACAGUAUCUUGUCUUAACAUUUUCGCUAGUCUAUUGAAUACGGUGUCGUUCGCCGAACAAUUCAUACAGAAGGGUGGACUGAGUUAUGUACUGGAACUUGUAUCACUAUCAGAAUUCUCCAAUCAAUGCUGUUCUAUAUUAGAAAUCGCAAUCAUCGUUGAAGUUUUUAAACUAAUGAAGGAAAAUUCUGACAUGACCUACUACAGAGAGAUGAGCACACUGGCGUCGGUGCAGAUGUUGUUCAAAUCUCUAGCCGAAAUGACGGACAAGUGCUACAAGAUAUACCGGCUAAAGCUGCCGGGGGAGAAGUUCGCAGAGCUGUGUGACGUGAGCAGGGAGCGCGACAUGCUGGCGUUCAUCCACCCCGCCGAGCUGCGCGCCACGCAGCACUCAGCGCCGCAGUCGAUAAACACUACCUACGCGUGCAGCGAGAACGUCGUGGAGCAGACGAUAGAAGACCACAUAGAGAUAGUGAAGAACGUGUGCACGUUCUGGAGGAGCUGCGCCAACCUGUGCCUGUACAGCCCGAUGUUCCGGCAGUACGUGACGGGCGAGGCCGCCUUCCUCGACAGCUACGCGCUGCUCAAGCUGCUGCUGCACUACCUGUGCCACUGCGACUGCGCGCCGCAGGAGAUGCGGAUACUCAUCAAGAUCACUGAGGCGCUGCUCACCGUGCAACUCUCCGCCUCAGAUGUGACAUCAGGGCGAUCCAAAGAGACGAGCUGUGCGCUGGUCCGCGCGGCGCUGUGCGCGGGCGGCGCGGCGGAGGGCGGCGCGGGGCUGCGCGCGCUGUGCGAGGCGCUCAUCCGCGUGGCGGCGGCGCGGCCCAGUCGCGUGCACGUCAUGCCGCGGAUUACGCAUGCUAAGGUGCCGCCGCUGCUGUGCGCGUCGGGCAGCAGCUCCGCCGAGUGCUCCUCCAGCGAGGACAGCGUGGCGGGGCCCUACGCCAGCGAGCACAGCGAGCCCUACUCCAGCCGACCCGAUGAGGGCUACGAGGCGGAUGUGGAAGUGGGCAAAUUGGAUGUGCCUCCGCUGUACAGGACCAGGAAACUGUCUGGCUCCAUGUCUACUAUAUCCUCAGGCAUCUCGCUGCCGUCGGGCGAGCUGAGCGCGGAGUGCGGCGAGUACAGCAAGAGCGGCGAGCUGGCGCACCCCGAGCUGUGCGUCAUCGUCGUCGACAUACUCACGCAGCUCAUCGACAAACUAGUGGGCAGCAAGGAGCAGGGUGGUACAAACGGUUCGUCGUGGCGGCUGGGCGUGGGCGUGGCGCGCGCGUGGUGCGGGCGCGUGGGCGCGGCGCUGGCGCGCGCCCGGCCCAUGCACUCGCCGCUGCUCGCGCGCCUGCUCGCGCCCGCGCCCGCCAGGCUGCUCGCUGCUAAGGAUGACCGCCUUGAAGACCUCCAACGCAGCAUUCUCGAGCUGAUCCACGUGCUGGGCUCUCAGAGCAUAGAGCCGGCGGAACUAGCAGCGUUUCUCAAGCUGUUCACAGCAGAAAAUCCGCCGCUCAGCAUGCUGCUGGGGGCGUUACAUCGCCUUGUGUCCACUGCGACGUAUAAUACGCCUGACUGUAUACUUACAUUCCCGGUUGAUACUGAUAAUACUGAUGGCAUACAGUCCUUAGCGGAAGAACUAAGUUACUUGGUAGUGAACUCUACGACAUCGCAGAGUCAUCACGCUGAGAACCUCGCCAAGAAAUUCCAUGAAUCACAUCUUAGAGCUGGUAUAAAGUCGUGCUGGUCGUGCCACGCGGUGCGGGUUGGCGUGGAGGGCGCGGGCUGGGCGCCGUGGCUGGCGGGCUUCGCGCUCGUGCUGUGGCUGCACCAGCAGCACGCCACGCCCGAUGCUGACCACUGGGACGGCACAGACGAGUUCAACGACGAGUCAUCAGACACAGAAGCCAAACAAAAGAAGUCUCCUAAGAAGGAAGCGUCCAGCAAGCCGACCGAACUUUCGCACAUCGUGUCGGUGGGACACGAGUCGCUCAUGCUGGACACCUGGCUCGAUACUAACACAGGCACAUUCACAUUCCGUCUAACCCGUCCGGAGGUUGGUCUGAACCGCAUCGUGAGCGAGGCCCGCGUCACCACCGACAUGCCCGCGCGACAGUGGACAUGCGUCGCUCUAAAUGUUAAGGAGCUCGUCUAUAAGCGACAUAUUUAUGUGCAGGUGACACUUUAUGUAAACGGCUACGAGUGUGAAGUAGUAACGCUGCCAGUUCAAGGUAUCCUAGUCCGCAAGGUGACACCGACGGUAGUGCUGCUGGGGCAUGCUUGCCCGGGUGGUACCGGCGCCGGCGCAUACCACAUGGCCGGUGCAUCGCUGUACCGCUCCGCCGUGCUCACGCAGUACACCGCGCUGCACCUCACCGCACACGGGCCUGACCACGCCUGCCAGGUGCGAUGUGAAUCACCGAACUAUCCACUGAUACUGACGCCUAAUGUACUAGACUCCAACAUCGACUGGGAUCAGGUAUUUGAAAUAUCGACGACAACAUUACGGGAGCUACAUGAUAACUUGCUGCUCACCUUCUCUGCAAGUGCGCCCAACAUCAUGAAUUUAUACCAUCAGACAGUUGCGCUACCCACAGUGUUCGCCGGUCGCGUAGCCUCGUCAGCAGGUCUGAUGUCAGCAUCAGCAUCAGGUGCCGCGAGCGGCGGCGCGGGCUCGUCCAUCCCCGAGACGCUGUUCACCACGUGGACAGCCGCGCCGCUAGCUAGCAGACACCGCGGCCUCACGCCCGCUAUAUACAUGCUGGGCGGACCUGAUGUGCUGCUCUACUUGUAUGCUAGGGUGGUAGAACUGGAAGGCAGUGCCGCUGAGCAGGCGACGGCCCUGGGCAUCUUGCUGCGGGCGUGUCGGGUGGACAACCGGCUGCACAGCAUGCUGUACAGCGACGCGGCGCCCGACAUGCUGCUCACCGUGCUGGCUGCGCCCGCCUGCCGCGUGUCCCAUCAUCUCCUUAAGGUGAUCUUGGACGAGGCGUGCAGCAGCUCGCUGCUGACGAUCUGCGGCGACAGCGUGCAGCUGGCGGCGCGCACCGACGCCGUGCUGCUGCAGCCCGAGCUGCUCGUGCUGCUCGCCAACGCCUGGAGGCAUCUCGACACUGAAGAGGAGCUGACGUGGGAGACGGAGCAGAACGGAGGCCGCGCCACGGUGCGCGGGUCGGCGUGGGCGCUGGCGCUGUGCUGCGUGCGGGCGCUGCUGCGCGACGAGCACCCGCGCCGCGCCUUCAACCACACGCAGAUGUGCCGCCGCGCGCUGCUCGACCAUCUGCUGCGGGCUUGCAAGGAGCGGUUCCUGAACUCGGAGUGCGGUCCGCUGGACGCCGUGGGCAGCGCGGCGCUGGUGGACGUGGUGCGCGGGCUGGUGGGCGCGCCGCCGCUGCUGUGCCGCCUCGCCGCGCUCGCUGACUUCCUGCUGCUCAUGCACCAGGCUAGCGAUACCUUCGUAACACAUUCCCGAGCAAACUUUUACUUUCUACUCACAUCUGAAACGCAAGAGAUGAGCGAGUUCGCAUCCAGCUCCACGAAGCGGCGGCCUUCCAAACGCGUCAGGAAGAGAGACGAGAACAGACCCAGUGUGUCCAGCACAUCGACCGACGACGUGUCGAACGAUAACAGUCUCAGUUCCCUGAAGGAUAAGGCGCAGAGUCGCGAGCUCGACGACCGGAUAGACAGCAGCUGCGGCAGCACUGAGUCCACCAAGCAACUCAAGUCUAAGAUCAACUCGCAGAUUAAGGAAGGCAGAAAACACACCGUGUCCUCCACAUCGGAGAACUCGGACACACCGGCUGAGAGCAGCGGCACAACAGAGCGCGAAGGCUCGGCGGCUGACGAGGGUACACAGCCGGAGAACAAGGAGCCGCCGCCCGAGGCGCUGACCGACUACAUCGUGGUGGACGCCGACGAUGUCAACCAUACCACUGUCGAGUUGUACACCAGCGGGAUAUACCAUCAGCGUCGUGUCCGCGCGGGUGCUGCGUCAGGCUGGUCGGCGUGUGAGGGACUGCUUCUGCUGUUACGGCACGCGUUGGCCUUACUGCCGGACCAUGAACAUCAGCAGGCGGCAUGCGGCGCGGUGUGCGCGUCGACGCUGGUGGUGCUGUGCAACCAGCGCGGCGCCCGAGCGCGAGCUGCCGCCGUGCGGGCGCUGGCCGCGCUCACCCGCCGCGCCGCGCCCGACGUGGCGCGCAAGCUGCUGCACCAGCACUACUACAUACACCUCGCCAACCAGCUGCUAAAUCACCCAAUCUCCCUAUAUGAAGGCUCGUGGGAGCUGGCGUCAGCAUGUGCCGCGCUACUCACCAAGUGCGAUGUGCCGCUUGAAGACCAACUUGAUGACGACAUCUGGACGGACGUGUCGGAGGAGGCGCUGCAGCGCAGCCCGGCGCUGCUGGCGCUGCUGCCGUGCUGCCUCGCCGACGUGCCGCUCGCGCACAACAUCACGCUGCUGGCGCGGCGCAUCAUCGACAAGGCAUCGCUGAAGAUUCUAAACGAGAUAGCCCUAGUGGAGGUGGUAGUGCGGUCUAUUCGCGCUGUGGGAGAGAUGCCGGACACCACGUUCGAGGGUCGGGACUUGUUGCUGGAGGAUCUAUUUGAGCUGCUCAACCGGGUCGCUAUCAAGGCGCUGUCGUCACAACAUAGUAUGCAGACGAUCUCGGAGCUGCACCACCUGCUAACGUACGCGGAGUGGUCUGGCGGGGCGGGCGCGGCGGCGGCGGCGCGGGCGGCGCAGCGGGCGCUGUUCCUGGCGCAGCUCGACCACCUCGAGGAGCGGCUGCACGCCUCCUACGCCACCACCAACAGGCACAACUACUUCACCACCGUGCUGUCGUCGGCGGUGUCGCUGGGCGGCGAGGGCGCGGCGCGGGCGGAGCGCGGCGAGCUGGCGGCGCGGCACCUGGCCACCGUCACCCGCGCCGUCAGCUUCCUGCUCACGCACUCGCCGCGGGAGCCGCUCGAUGAUGACGCGCAGUUGUUCGACCGGCUGCUGUCUACCAUGCUGCUCGCCGUGAGCGGAUCAAACGCGUCUCGGCCCAAGUGGUGGGUGAGCAGCAGCGCGGACUGGGCGACGCCGCUGCAGGAGUUGUUCUGGUGGGCGGCGUCCCCUGCUCCAGGAGCCUGGGCGCUGCAGGCGGCGCUGCUGCGCGCGCUGUACCACGCGCCCGCGCCCGUGCUGCACGUGCUCACGCCGUCUGACCCCGCGCAUCUUAGGAAGUUGGCAGUAUACCUGCUGACGAUCCUGAAGCACAUCCACGCGGAGGCGGAGUCGGGCACGGCUCCCGUGGAGCUGGCCAUCACGGACUGGGCGCGGGCGUGGGCCGUGGGCACGCAGGCGGGGCUCAGCGAGCGCGUGCCCAGCGCCGCGCUGGCGCCAGAGGCUGCUGCGCUGUUGAGGCAAGACGAGGAGAGGUGGGCAAGACUCGCGCAUCGCACCAGAUCUGUUAUUGCCAAGGUGGUGUGGAGCAAGGAGUCGCUGGCGAGCAAGGUGUCGGACAGCGCCAUGGCGGUGACGCGCGGCGUGGUGGACGCGCAGAACGCGCAGCGCAAGGCCUUCAUGGAGCAUCUGCGCCGCGCCCACGCCGCGCAGGCCGCCGCCUCGCAGGCAUGGCAGAGGCUCAUCGAUACCUAUACACAUGAACAAGCGGUAUGGCACAUGUCCCGCUCGUACCCGCAGUCGUGGCAGCUGGACGCGACGGAGGGCCCGGGCCGCGUGCGCGUGAGGCUGCGUCGGGCACACCUGCACGUGCCCGACAAAUUCCUCAAGCCGCAGCACAGGCAUAAAGCUGAGGCGCGCAACAUGGCUGGCCCCCUGCGCAGCGUGGUGGGGUCGUGGGGCGCGGUGCGCGGCGGGCUGGUGGCGCGGCUGCAGCUGCACGAGACGGUGGCCUACAUGGCCCGCGCCACGCGCCUCACCGCCGCCGCCGAGCUGGACGGCGAGCUGCUGCUCACCGACCGCAGCGUGCACUUCGUGCCCGACCCCGCGCCCGCCGCGCCGCCGCGCCGCACGCACACGCUCGUCGUGCCCGAGGUGCAGGCCGCGCCGCAAGCCUCGCGCUGGCCGCUCACGCACAUCAUGCAGGUGAGCACGCGGCGCUGGUGCCUGCAGGAGCGCGCGGUGGAGCUGUUCCUGAGCUCGGGGCAGGCGCACCUGCUGGCCUUCGCCGACACCGCCGAGCGCGCCGCCUUCCUCAAGGCGCUCGCCGCCACGCAGCACCCGCCCGCCAGAAUCGAGCCAGACACGCUACAAGACGCGAUGACACAAUGGCGCAACGGCAGCAUCACGAACUGGGAGUACCUGAUGCGGCUGAACGGGCUGGGCGGGCGCUCGUACAACGACCUGAUGCAGUACCCCGUGCUGCCCUUCGUGCUGGCCGACUACUCCUCGCGCAUCCUCGACCUCAACGACCCCGCCUCCUUCCGCGACCUCGCCAAGCCCAUGGCCGUGCAGAACAAGACCAGGGAACAGCAUUAUAUCAAUAUUUAUAAUGACUUGAAGGCAGCUCGUCGCGAAGGCUGCAGCCCCCUGCUGUCGCGACAGCCUCACCACUACGCCUCACUGUACUCCAACUCAGGAGGUGUACUACACUAUCUAGUACGAGUUCCACCUUUUACGGAGCUAUUCCUUAACUAUCAAGACAACAACUUCGACAUGCCGGACCGCACGUUCCACUCGCUGGCGACGACGUGGCGACUCAUCACCAACGACUCGCCCACCGACGUCAAGGAGCUCAUUCCUGAACUCUUCUACCUGCCUGAACUAUUCCAUAAUAACGAAGGUCUAAACCUAGGCACGCGACAGUGCGGCGCGGCAGUAGACGACGUGGAGCUCCCCCCGUGGGCCGGCGACGCGCGGCUGUUCACGCUGAUCCACCGGCAGGCGCUGGAGGCGGCCUAUGUGACGGAGCACCUGCCGCACUGGAUCGACCUGGUCUUCGGCUACAAGCAGACCGGGCAGCCCGCGCUCGAUGCCAUCAAUGUGUUUCCUGCUUGUACAUAUUACGGCUUCGACCCGACCGCGCUAGAGGAGGAGGUGGACCGCACGGCGGCCGCAGCAAUGGUGCGCACGUACGGACAGGCGCCGCGACAGCUGCUGCGCGCGCCGCAUCCGCAUGCUGCUCCCGACCUGCACCAUGCUAGCGAUCAGGUACCAGUAUGGGCAGGCGUAGUAGGCGCCCGCUGGGGUCGCUGGUGCGGCUCGCCCGAGCUACAGCCGCCCACCGUGGUGUGGCGCCGCACGUGCGCGGGCGCCGCGUCGCUGUACGCGCUGCCGCACGCGCGAUCUGUGGCCGUGGCUUCAAGAGCUACUGCGCUUAUCGCCUUACAUGACGAGGCUGCAAGUAACGCACAGAACAACGGACAGCAGCCACUAGCGCUGGUGUCGUGGGGACACUCGGAUAACAUUGUACGCCUGAAGCGUCGUCGAGAUGUGCGGCCUGACUUACUGUUUCAUGUGUGCGCUCUCGAUCAGAUAACAAAAGUAGUAUCAAUAUGCGCCACGGGCGGGUGUCCAUACCCACUAGUGGUGGGGUACUCAUCAGGACGCGUCUCCUGUGUGCGCGUGCGCAGCACGGCGGCGGGCGUGCGCGUGGCGGCGCGCGGGCUGCACGCGCACGCGGCGGCGGCGGCGGGGCUGCACGCCUGCGCGCGCGCGGGGCUGCUCGUGUCCGCCAGCGUGGAUGGACAUAUCGUGCUCUGGGACCUGCAUACAUUAUCAUACAUCAGAACCCUCCCCAACCGGGACAUGCUCUCAGUAACGCACGUGACAAUCAGUGAGACUCUCUGCGACAUCGCAUCAGUCCACGACAUGACCAGUAGCAACGCGAACUCCGACGGCAACGGUGACGUCACGCCCGACGCCAAUGACGUCAGCGACAACCAUACGGAGGCGUAUGAGAAGGACGCGGCUUAUAAGUACAAGUCGCUUAUCAGAGUGCAUACUGUUAAUGCUAGGUUUGUGGGCAGCGUGAAGGUGUGCGAGCGCGUGACGUGCAUCUGCUACUCGAACGCGCCGGAGGGUAUCAGCGUGAACGCCAUCGCAGCAGGCCUGGCCACCGGCGCCGUGCGGCUGUACUCCUCGUGGGACCUGCGGGCGCUGCGGCUUAUACCCGCGCCUGAUACCCGCGCGCCGCUGCUCAGCAUAACGUUCAGCAGCGAUUCGCAGCUGCUGUUCGGAUGCUACGCGGGCGGCGUGGUGGUGGCGUGGGAGAGCGCUGGCGCCACUCGGCCCGCGCCUGUCCGCAUCGUGCCCGCGCAUGCGCUCUUCUGAUGCACUCACCUAGAACAAACUCCACCCACAAAGUCCUAGUCGAUUCUAUAUUUGAAGAUGACCACAGGAUCAAAGGAUAAUAAAAAAAAACAUUACAUGUAAAAAGAAACAUUUAUAUGCUUUAUGUUCUACUAUCCAAAAUACACUGAUACAUACUCUGAUUUUCUUAAAUAAGAAUAUAGUAAAGGUGUAUACCUAACUCGCUUUUAGAACUAAAAUAUAACAUUAAGAUGAGCGUAGAACAAAAAAAUACAAAAUACAUAUAAGUAAUGCUAGCUGACAAACAAGAGAGUGCUAAUGUGUGAUGAUUACUUAAAGACUGCAACGAUAAUCUCCACGUAACUGUGUAGGCGUUUGUCGUUUGAAUUCAUUUGUAAAUAAACUUGUAAGCUGUUGCGUUUUACGACGGCAUUCUGCUAUUAAAUGCAAUGUUAAUGCGUCUUCGUAAAAUGGAAUAAAAUAUAGCCUGUAAACAGUUACAGCCUAUUUAUCGUCCCACUGCUGGGCACAGGCCUCCUCUCACACGGAGAAGGAUUGAGCAUUAAUCACCACGCUUGCUCAAUGCGGGUUGGUGAUUUCAGACUAUAUAGUCCAGGUUUCCUCAAGAUGUUUUCCUUCACCUUUUUAUCAGCCAUUGGUGUCUAAGAUAUACUUAGAAAGUACAUACAAACUUAGAAAAGUUGCAUUGGUACUUGCCUGACCUGGAUUCGAACUCGCGCCCUCAUACUCGAGAGGUUGGUUCUUUGCCCACUAGGCCACCACGACUAGCUAUAAAUAAAAGCAAAUAUCAAGAAAAGCAGUCUUCCUCAGUACGUAGGUGUUAAACACUAGAUUAUGCAGUAGUGUAGCUGUCGUGCCAAAUAUAAUAAAUAACAAUAAUUACGAUAGCUAUGACACAUAGAAUGCCAAGGCUACUAAACACGCGGAAAUAUUUUUGUAUAACUACUUUUUGCGAUGAGUGAAUAUGAUUAAGAUUUUUGCUGUCCACAUUGAUUCUAGGAAUAGUAUAAAUCAUUAGAGUAUUAGCCACCAGAGUAAUAAUUUGGCAAUAAGCAAUAAUUGAUUCAUGCGAGUCUCGAUUAAAUCUGAGAUCAAUUUGUAGUGUGUCCAUUAUGGAUAAUUAUAUGAAUAACUUUUACUCUUGUAUAAUAAUUUAAUACGUAGGUUAUUUUAUUUUGAGGUAUAUAAAGAAAGUUAGCGUCUGUUACGAAUUUAUUUUUUAUGUGUGUAUAAAAGAGAUAUUAUAUUUCGUGGACAAUUUAUUUAUGGUUGUUUAAAUUCUUAGCUGUUCGUAAGUGAUGAGCAAUAAUGCAUAUCUUAGCUAAGUGAGUUGUAAAUAUAUUUUUGUAUAAACAUUCCUGCAAUUGUAAAUGUUGCUCAGAAUGCAUUUUAAAUGUAUACCGAUACAACUACUAUAAGUUUCAAUUUAUUGUACAUUAUCUAUUUCCUUCCUCAAGCUCUUACUGUUGUACUUUUUGUUAAUAAUUUUACAUUGAAAUAUUGAUGAGGCUCAGCAGUAUUUAUCACAAUAAUAAUUAUCAUAGAAAUUAUAGUAUCGAUAUUUAUUUAUCUAAGCAUUUCCUGAUAUCCUGAAGUGGCCCUGAAACUCGGAGCAUUUAAAUAAAUAACACCAACAGAGAUUGAACGAAGUGUAAUGUUUCUGGGGCUCAGUUUAUUCUUGCCUUGUGUUUUAAUAUUAUACUGUUGUUAGUGACGUUUGCGAUAAGUUAUUAUGAAUAGAAUUAUUUUAAUUAUUGUACUGUUGAGUUUUGUAAAUCAAUAAAACAUUUUUUUAUAA